AUGGCAGAUAUGCUAGUAGAUGGAGCUGCUCAUAACCAGAUGCUAUCUUUCAUGGACGACAAUGCAUGGUAUAAUCAGAUUAUGGUGGCAGAAGAAGACAUCCACAAAACAGCUUUCACGUGCACAGGACAUAUAGGUGCUUUUGAGUAUACUGUAAUGCCUUUUGGCUUAAGAAAUGCAUGA